AUGCCACCCCCGACCCCCGAGCAGGCCGCGUGGCUCGCAAGCUGCCUGCGGCUGUGCGCCCGCCUGCAGAGGCUGGACCUGAGAGGAUGCCAGAUCGGCGCCGAGGGCGCGCGGGCCCUGGCGGGGGCGCUGCCCUCCCUGCCCGGCCUGCAGGAGCUGGGCCUGGACGGCAACAGCAUCGGCGCCGAGGGCGCGCGGGCCCUGGCGGGGGCGCUGCCCUCCCUGCCCGGCCUGCAGGAGCUGCGCCUGGAGGGCAACAGCAUCGGCGCCGAGGGCGCGCGGGCCCUGGCGGGGGCGCUGCCCUCCCUGCCCGGCCUGCAGGAGCUGGGCCUGUACGGCAACAGCAUCGGCGACGAGGGCGCGCAGGCCCUGGCGGGGGCGCUGCCCUCCCUGCCCGGCCUGCAGGAGCUGCGCCUGGGCGGCAACGGCAUCGGCGCCGAGGGCGCGCGGGCCCUGGAGGGGGCGCUGCCCUCCCUGCCCGGCCUGCAGAAUCUGUGGCUGUACCACAACAUCAUCGGCUGGGACGGAGAGGCGGUGCUGCGGGCGGCCUGGGGCAGCCGGGAUCCCGACGGCUUAGAUGUCUGA